ACCCACUAUUGCGAGAGCGAGAAGAAGGACGAGACGACACAGACAGCAUAGACAUGAGAAGUAGAGAAAGACACUCAAGGAAGAGGAAAAUUGCUUUUAAUCAAAGUCACAAGUCGUCAUGCGUACUUGGCAUGACAGAGACCCCGUAACAGAGGCGCACUGUUGGCGUCCGCUGCAGCUCCACUAUCCUUUAUUGUGGCUAUUCGCGCAUUAAACCGUAACUAAGUAGUACUAGACUCAACUUUCUCUAAAACUUUUUGUGGUUUGCUUGUAUGUGCCUCUUCCCUGUAGAAAAUUCAGUGAAGGGCGCUUCGUGGUAACCCGCCUCAAAUGAAUUAUUAGAAUAUGCGCCUUUAGAGAAAACCAUGGCGGAUAGAAGGACGUUUAAUGUCGCUAUUUUAGGUGUUGGAUUUUUGUUUAUUUUCACAGCAUUCACGACUUGUGGGAACGUAGAACAAACGGUGGUAAAAAGUCUGGAAAAUGACACUUUCUCUGGGAGUGGAUAUUACAGCCUUGGCAUCAUUUAUGGAAUAUUCUCCUUCUCAAAUCUGCUUGCACCAACUGUUGUGGCAGUUAUUGGUGCGAAACACAGUAUGUUUUUGAGUGGCCUUCUUUACAGUGGCUACAUUGCUGUCUUCAUCCUCCCGUUCACGUGGUCCUUUUAUUUGACCUCAGUGCUGAUUGGCAUCGGAGCAGCCAUGUUGUGGACAGCUCAAGGACAGUUCCUGGUGGAGAAUUCUGAGGCCUCCACCAUCAACAGAAACACAGGGAUGUUCUGGGCUCUACUACAGUGCAGCAUGAUAUUUGGCAAUCUCUACAUUUACUUUGAAUGGAACGGAGCAACUGAAAUUACAGACAGCAGCAGGAAGAAUGUGUUCCUUUCUCUGCUGGUGGCUUCAGUUUUGGGGACGUUGAGUUUCCUGGUUUUGAGACAGAGCCUCUCAGAAGAGGAGAUGCUCUCAGACGAGGAGGGACAGUCGCUGCUAUCAACAAGAAUGAGAUAUAAGCACAGAGCCAACAGUGCAAUGCAAGACGCCAAGGCUGAGUUCAAAACCAUCUUACAACUUUUGAAAACCAAGACCAUAGUCCUCUUGAGCCCUUGCAUGGCGUACAGUGGGUUGGAGCUCUCCUUUUAUAGUGGCGUGUAUGGGACUUGCAUUGGAGCAACUACACACUUCGGAGGCGCUGCCAAGGGUUUGAUUGGGAUUUCGGGGAUUGUAAUAGGGGUUGGAGAAAUCGUGGGAGGAGGGCUGUUCGGGCUACUGUGCAAGAACAAUCGCUUCCGCCGUACCUCAGUGGUCUUCCUGGGAAUGGUGGUGCAUUUUGUUGCAUUUUAUUUGAUCUUCCUGAACAUCCCGGCUGACGCUCCUGUAGUCUUUAAAACAACCACUCAAAUGAGCCCCUAUCUGUCUCCCAGCGUGUCCAUUGCCCUGCUGUGUAGCUUCCUCCUUGGACUCGGGGACAGCUGCUUUAAUACGCAGCUCUACAGUAUCUUAGGGCGCGUUUAUGCCGAGCAGAGCACACCAGCCUUUGCCAUCUUUAAAUUCAUCCAGUCUGUUUUCGCCGCCGUGGCGUUCUUCUACGGCGGGCACCUCCUGCUGAUGUGGCAGCUCCUGGUCAUGGUUGUCCUGGGCUUCUCUGGGACUCUGUGUUUCUUUAUGGUGGAGAGGAUGCAGAACUUCACCGCAGAUUUACAGGAGUAUUAAUACUAAACACAGACUUAUUAUACUUAUCAUAGGACAACUCAACCUGCUGAUGCUGUACUUUGUAUAACUUUAUAAUGUGUUGUUUUUUUUAUCUAUCAAGGCAUAAUAUUGUAGCAAAAGAAGUCAAAAAGUGGUGCUGUGUAAAUUUAUGGGGAUUGAUGAGCUAUGAAGUGACUACUGACCAUAAAGAAUUAUGAAAAUGUAUUACAAAUAUGCUGUAUGUAAUUUUCCUGAUAAAGGUUUAGCCACUUACUGGUUCCAUAGAGAUGUUGUUGUGUGGCCUGUAAUGUUCCACAGUAUGGCAAUAAACAUGUCUAUCACCUUAGAAACAAGAAAGUGAGGCCACAAGACAAAGUCACUGGUGAGAUCAGUGGAGAGGUAAUCAUACUCACUGUCAAAAAUGUUUUAUAAAAUGUAUGUAUCUAGAAAUGUAUGCAUCUACUGUAUGUAUUUUUGAGAAAUGAAACAUCUAUUAUUAAAUAGGUUAUACUAUGGAACAUGCAAAGCAGUAACAGUAGCAGUAUCUCCAUGGAGAAGAACCGCCCAUGCACCAGAAAAGUUACAAAGUCCACCAACCACACACUAUCAGUAACACUUUUUAAAUCUAUUUCAGAAACAUUAUUAACUGGCAGUAUUUUCAUUAUAUGCAUUAUAGUCAUUUGUUUUUAAAUUGUGGUUCCUUAAACUCUCAUUAUCAGAUUUUGUUUAUUAAGUCUAUUAGGAAAACUAAUGAAAAGUAGAAACUCCUACCCACUGUUAAAUUACUGUAUAUUUGGUCUGUCAUAAUCCUCUGCUGGAUUAGUGUAAAGAUUCACUCUAAAGCCUAAUUUAAACUUUGAAUAUAGUGGUUUAUCUAAGUAUUAAACACUGCUGACUUUCUUGUAUUUGCACUACAGCAGACAGUAAUCUUUUCAAAACAACACAUGUUCUUUUUCUUACUCUUAGACCUGCUAAUUUAAGGUUUGGUGCAUAAUAAUAAUACAAGAUAAUAACUCUGUGUCACUCAUUAACCUUCAGGAAACUAAAAUAAUCCUGACAAUCUCAACUUUUUAUGCAUAAUUUGAAGCAAUCUUCUCUUCAUUAAUAAAAUCAGCUUUUAAAUCACGCACUGUUGCUGGGGCUGGGGAAACAAAUUUACUCUGCAUGUGCUCUGAAAAUUGUUGUGUUUUUUGCAUUGUCAGAAAGCACCUCUUAUGUAAAAUGACAUGUCAAUCAC